CAAUGCUUUUUGGUCGGCAGCGCCUCCAUGUGAUGUUUUCACAUCCAAAGAAGUACACUUCGUUUGGACCAUCCGAGGUCCGAACACUUUUGGAUGUGGCAUUCGAUGAUCAUGACACGCCUCCUUUUUUCGCGGACCGGGCCGGCUGGCUUGAUGCUUACGAGUGAUGGACACAUCCGAUGUGCAUGACUCAAGAUGCGCAUGACUCGAGUGAGGGCAACAUGUCUUGCAGGCAGGAAGGCCCAGGUUGGAAGCUGCGCGCGGUGAAAGGAAAUCGAUCCGAACAUCCAAAGGCAGAAGAGAAGAACCAGUGCGCCAGUGCACUGCGCACCGCAUGGCAUUCAACAGCAUUUCAGCGUCCCGGAUGGCCACAGGUGAGCCUUGGUCGACUCUGUGCAACCGGAAGCAGCCGCCGGGCAUGCCGGCGGUCUCGGCGAAAGCUGCCAAGACCCGGCCCGUGUGCCACAGAUCGAAUCGCCCGCGCCGGAGGUUUGAGCGAUUUCGCUGCGGAAUUUGUGGCCACAGAGCCAGCGAUAUGGAACGGGCCUUGUGCAGCUAUUGGCCGUGGCUUCUUUACGUGCACCAUGUGCGAACAUAUAACUUAGACUUUAGACAGUAAGCAACCUUCGUAUAGUAGGUAGUCAAGUCUUGACCGAGUAAUUAAGACAAGGACGUCUUCCAGAGCAUGCAUGGGCCAAAUGUAUGGGCAUCACUUGUGGCAAGACUUCACUGAGUGCGGUUCUUCGUUCAAGCUUGCCGGCAGGCAUCAAGACAAGUCGACCGGUUGCAAGGCUAGAUCAGGUGGUACGAGUUUGGAACGUUUUGGAGCUCUGCUUUUGAACUUUAACUUCGUCCUUGACCGUCACAUGACCCUUGUGCCACUGGCUCGUAACCUUGGCCACUUCGCUCUGUGGAAUGCUGACAGCAGUUUGGACCAGUGAUUGUCCCGUCAUCAUUGGUCUACCAUUUGAGGCGCAAGAUGCAAGAUGAUGUUCGGCUAUAUGGCCGAGUUGUAGAUUGAUUUUCGAUGCGUUUCGAGUGCGUGGGUGGACUAAAACUGACCCUGUCCUAUAGCAAGAUUGGCGAGAUCCCUCUGAAGCUGAGGCUGACUCCGAACAACAGCCUGCGGCUCGAGUUUGUUUUGAGCAACGCCAAGUGUACACAUCGUGGUUUUACAAUCCAUGCCCUAUAUUUCCAAUUCGCCGAGACCUGAGGAUGUGUAUCAAAAAGGAAGAUGAGGGAAGGAUGGAGCGGCCACGGGCUAUAUGGCUGAGCAAGGUCUUGGUAGACGGCACCCCGAUGGCCAACAAGCCUCACUCCUUAGUGAAAGACAUGCCUUCAACUGGCCCGGCUGACGCGCGAGAGAAGCUUCCAGUCAGCUUUGGCUUUGCGGAAUCCGCUGCUGGCCGGAGUGAGGAACCUUUGACAAUUCAUGUGCUUCAGGGAGUUUGAAAGAACGACUCGAAGAGAAGUCGCUCCUGCUAGUGGCUUACCGAGAUAGAGUUGUACAGUUCCUUCAUGCCACACCAUAUUCAUGCAAUACAGCAUUGACCUUUUGUAGCUUGGAUUGAGGGAAGCGCUCAGAUUGCCUUUGAUAAGGUUUUAAAAUCAUCAGUAUGCAAGAAGGCAAAAAUGUUCCCGAUAGAUAGGCUUCCAGCUCCAAGACAAGCGCACCUCGUGACAGCAAAGAGUUUGUUGAAGCAUGGACCGGCAGUAGCUUUGCUUUCCAUCACUU